UCGAGUUUGUGUGGCCGCCGCCGCGGGAACGCGAGCCCGGUAAUUUUUCAACGGAGAAAGGCGAGGCUUUCGGGCUUGGCCGAGUGAGAGUGAGUGAGCGACUGUCGGGCUCCAGCCCCUCUCUUUUUACGUGACAGCCGACAUGGAGUAUGAGCGGAGCAAACAGCCUAGCAGCGAGGCCGUGGCUCCCGCGCGGCUGGAGUCGCCGGGGUCGGAGUGUGGGGAGGAGCCGCAGCAUCCGAAUCCCGAGAAAAAGCAACGAUGUAGAUUCGAUGGCCAAGAAACAAAAGAGUCUAUGUUCAUUACCUCCAGUGCAAGUGAUUUCAGUGACCCAGUUUACAAAGAGAUUGCUAUUACAAAUGGAUGCAUUAAUAGAAUGAGUAAGGAAGAACUCAGAGCUAAACUUUCAGAAUUCAAGCUUGAAACCAGAGGAGUAAAGGAUGUGCUAAAGAAAAGGCUGAAAAACUAUUACAAGAAGCAGAAGCUCAUGUUGAAAGAGGGCAGUUGUGUUGACAGCUACUACGACUACAUUUGUAUCAUUGAUUUCGAAGCCACUUGUGAAGAGGGCAACCCACCUGAAUUUAUACAUGAAAUAAUUGAAUUUCCUGUGGUUUUACUGAAUACCCAUACCUUAGAAAUAGAAGAUACAUUCCAGCAGUAUGUGAGACCAGAGAUUAACACACAACUUUCUGAUUUCUGCAUCAACCUAACUGGAAUUACUCAGGAUCAGGUAGACAGAGCUGAUACCUUCCCUCAGGUACUAAAAAAAGUAAUUGACUGGAUGAAAUUGAAGGAAUUAGGAACAAAGUAUAAAUAUUGCAUAUUGACAGAUGGUUCGUGGGAUAUGAGUAAGUUCCUGAACAUUCAGUGCCGGCUAAGCAGGCUCAAAUAUCCUCCUUUUGCUAAAAAGUGGAUCAAUAUUCGAAAGUCAUAUGGAAACUUUUACAAGGUUCCUAGAAGCCAAACCAAAUUGACAAUAAUGCUUGAAAAGCUAGGAAUGGAUUAUGAUGGGCGGCCUCACAGUGGUCUUGACGACUCUAAGAACAUUGCCCGAAUAGCAGUUCGAAUGCUUCAAGAUGGAUGUGAACUCCGAAUUAAUGAGAAAAUGCACGCAGGACAGCUAAUGAGUGUGUCUUCUUCUUUACCAAUAGAGGGCACUCCAGCUCCACAAAUGCCGCAUUCUAGAAAAUAACAGCAUUUUUGCCCUUUGCCCACAGAUCCUUCACUCUAACUGGAGUUGCUACAAAGAGGUAGCAGGUGAAUACUCAUUGAAUUAGUCCUGUGGUGCAAUAUUUAAGCACCUUAAACAUUUACAGUCUUACUACAGUUAUAUAUAAAUGUGUGUGAACAGAUUCUGUGGGGAGGGCAUAUUGAAUUUUUUGUCACCAGCACUUUUGAUAUGAGCAGUAUUUGUUACACAGUAACAGUUCCUGCUUAGAAUUGACUUUUUUAAUUUAAGGUGUCCAAGACGUGUUCCUUUUGGUUUUAAAAUGCAAAGGCUUACUGGCGCUCUCCUUGAAUGUAAUAUCUUACUGAUGUUAAGAUAUAUAAUGUAUUUCUACAUUAACAUCAUUAGAUCGAGUCAUUUCUUACAGUGCAGGAAAGAUUGGAAAGCCUUAUCUAGGCUUUGGGUUUUAAGACUAUCACAGUCCUUUUGACUUUUGAAUUCUGUAUGUGAAGUUCAGCUGUGCAUAGUGAAUUUCAUAAAGUACUUGGUACACAUAUCUGCCUACAUUUCUUUUCAAUUUGUAGUUGGAAGACUUGUGGUAGAUUAUAGGGUCCUGUUAAGAAGUCAAUUACUGAUGAGGCUAAUGGAAAGUCAGAAGAAAAUACCAUUUAAAGGAAUAUAAGGGCUGUAGCUCAGACUUUAUCAUACAUAAACAUAUCACUGGGGUUCUUUGGACUUUAUUUUUUGAUUCCCCUCCUUCUUGUGACAUACAUCUACCCUAAUUCUUAAAUCUAAGAGACCGUGCUUUGAUAUAGACUAAGAAUAGGGUCGCCACUUAAUUUUGCAUUUGUAUUCAACAUUAUGAGUAAGGUUAAUAAAGUCAAAUAAUGCUUUUAAAUAUCUAAUGUUUUUAUUAAAGGUUGAUUUUACAUAGUGAGUGACCACUAAAUCUUGAUAGUUAAUUCUUAACUAAUUUUAAAAACAUAAGUGGGUUUAUGGAGUUGAAAAAGCAAAACUCUUAUCUAGAUGCUAAAAACAUUUUCUGAAUUGAAUUUCCCCCUAUAGCUUUCAUGAACAAUUUGCCUCUUCUCUUUUCCUUUCUAUUAGUAGUUGUGAUGCUACUUUAUUUUAAUGAUUUACAUAUUAACUAAAUGACUUUUAUAGAGGCUUCCAACCCUGGUGCAUAGGAAAAAAGGAGGCAUUUUUCUUGGUUUGGGAAUUCUCUCCCCAGUGCUGUAAAAAGAAUGAAUUUUGCCUUUGAGCGGUAGUUGUAGAAUAAGAAUAAAGACUAACAAGUGGAUAACAGAAGGCACAAGGGAUGUGAUGCCCUUACACAAACUGAUAUGGAUUAUAGUAAAACAAGGAGAUCUAGAUGUUUUAUAUUUAUGCAGUAAACUUUGGGGGUGAAAUGGAUGUAUGCUGAGAUUUUUGUGAAUCCUAAAUAGCACCAUAAAAUAUACUGUAAAGUAUUGCUGUUAAGUUUCAGGGAAUUUCCUUCAAAUCCUUACUGAGUUGCUGGGCUCAGGCAGAGCUGUAGAGAACAGCAAAUCACUGUUGAGAUGUGGAUGCCAGGAAGUCCACUGGCACUCUUUUUAGGCGAUUUUUUUCCACGUAGCCACCUUAACCUUAGAAAUCAAAUUCAUGCCCCAGCAAAACCAUUAAUUAUCUCUUGCCAGCUUCUGUAGUUGCUACUUAACAGCUGAAAUUGCAGUUGAGAAAUCUGAAAAUGGCAAGGAAAUAUUGCUUCUCGAGUAACAACACAUAAUCAGACUUAAAUCAGACUUCUAAUUUCUGCACCAGUUUGUCCUUUUUAUGAAAUAACCCAAGUACCUAAGUCCUACUGUAUUUCUUUUUAAGAUCUUCAGCCUUACAAGCUGUCAACGUCCUUUUGGCUGUCAGGUAUUUCAUUUGGUGAUGUUUUACUGUUCUCUAUUUUUAAAAAACUACCGAGGAAUAAUUGACAAAUGUAAGUGUACAUAUUUAAAUUGUUUAAAGUGUAAAUGUGAUGAUUUGAAGUACAUUGUGGAAUGAUUAUCAAAAUCA